ACUUGGACGCCGCUUCUGGCGGGAAAUUGCUUCCGUUGGGCUUUGCUUGUUGAGACCCUGCGGCGAGGAAAGUCCGAAUUCAAGGUUUCGCUUCUUAGCUUGGUUUGAAGCCGAGGAAAAUGGGAUAGUGAUGAAUAAGAAACUGUGAAGAUAGUGAAGGGCAGUUUGUCCAGACUAUUGAAAGCUCAGAAUUAGAGUUUAAUCGGAAUAGAAAUCCUGCUAAUAGUACCUGAUUAGCUUAGUUGAUGAGGCUGAGUGGGUUUUGGUGCGCUAUUUUUGGUCACGCGAGGGCAGGUCGUGGUGAUUUAGGCCAGUUGCGGAAAAAAAAAAUCCUCCAGAGGGCUUGGGACAACGCCUGAAAUCCGAACACUGUUUUUAGGCUUUCCAGUUCCUUCAGUUUCUGGAGACCACCUAUUAAAACAUAUUCCAACUGGAAAGUCGUCUAAGUGCGUCUGUAUCUUUUCCAGCCUCACGUUGUAAGGCCAGGUGGUUUAUCCUCAGCAGAAGCGCCAGUGUUUUUCAAAGUGAGAUACUGGCAUCAGCAACAUCAAAAUCACCGACAUCCAAGCUGGGCUCUGAGCCGCCGGCGCCGGCCCGGGCUCAGCCCCUCCCGCUCCCUCCCGCCCCCGCCUCCCGCCGUAAUCUUGGCGGGAAGACACCAGCCGCUAAGCGGGGGAAAGAUGUCCGGGUCGUGCUCAGCGGCUGAGGAGACGGCGGGCUCCAGACAGCGACUCCAGGUGAAGGUGAAUGAAUAUAAAGAAAACCAAAACAUCGAUUUUGUUUCGCCAAGACCAGUACACACUACAGUUUUAGGAAAAACAGCUAAGGUGUGUCUUGUCCCCUUUUCACUCAGCAAUUACAAGUCAGACCAACUUAAGUGCCCCAAAUCCCUGUUAGAUAAGAAUUCUAACAAUGAAGUGCUGUGUAAGAAAUCCAAGAAGACUGAAGUAAAGAAAAAUUGCAGAAGAAUUUUAACUCCAAAGAUGGAAGCCACAUCUUCUAAGGCGGAAUCCACUUUGCAAAAAUCAUCCUUAGAUGUUCAUACUGAAAGUAACAAGCAAGGGCACAAGAGCACUUCAGAUACAGUGCUUCUCAGUGUUGAUAUGGAAAGCACUCAGGAUGGAGACAGUGAUGAAGAUACCACACCAGGCCUGGAUGAUUUUUCAGGAUUGUCGCCGUACGAAAGGAAGAGGCUGAAGAACAUAUCAGAAAAUGCAAACUUCUUUGCUUCUCUUCAGUUGUCUGAGUCAGCUGCAAGGCUCCGUGAAAUGAUAAAGAAGAGACAGCCUCCUGAAUCAAAAAGAAAGAAGCCUAAGAAGAGAGAAAAUGAGAUUGGAUGUAGAAGGUCAAUGCGAUUACUAAAAGUAGAUCCUUCAGGAGUUUCAUUACCAACAACCCCAACCCAGCCAACAAUAUUAGUAGCAGAUGAAAAUCCUUUGUUACCUCCUGGGCCUUUAGAAAUGACUCCUGAAAAUCAAGAUGAUAACAGUGAGCUAUUUAAAGGAUUUCUACAGACUUGGGCAGAAGUGAGCAAGACAAGUAGUAAGAAUGCUGAGAAGGGAUUAUCUAGCAUUAAAAGCUACAAAGCCAGUUUAAGUGGCAUGGUCAUCAGUGAAGAUACUGUUAAUAAAGUUACCAAAGGCCCAAUAUUCGCUAUAGCUAUCCACCCAUCAGAAACUAGAACUUUGCUGGCAGCUGGGGCCAAAUCUGGGCAAGUCGGACUUUGGGAUUUGAGUCACCAACCUAAAGAAGAUGGAAUUUAUGUUUUUCAACCCCAUAGUCAGCCAGUUAGCUGUCUUUACUUCUCACCUGCCAAUCCAGCUCAUAUACUGUCAUUGAGCUAUGAUGGCACAUUACGCUGUGGGGAUUUUUCCAGAGCUGUUUUUGAUGAGGUAUAUAGAGACGAAAGAAGUAGCUUUUCUUCCUUUGACUUCUUGGCAGAAGAUGCCUCCUCUUUAGUAGUAGGCCACUGGGAUGGAAGUUUGUCAUUGGUGGAUAGACGGACACCUGGAACUUCUUAUGAGAAACUUAUCAGUUCUUCUUUGAGAAAAAUAAGAACUGUUCAUGUCCACCCAGUGCAUAGACAAUAUUUCAUCACUGCAGGAUUGAGGGAUGUUCAUAUUUAUGAUACAAGGCGCCUGACUCCCAAGGGAAACCAGCCUUUGAUUUCUUUGACCGAACACACAAAGAGCCUCGCCUCUGCCUAUUUUUCACCUCUUACUGGUAACAGAGUAGUGACCACAUGUGCUGAUUGUAAGCUGAGAAUCUUUGAUAGCAGCUGUAUAUCCUCUCAGAUUCCUCUCCUCACCACCAUAAGGCACAACACCAUCACUGGGCGAUGGCUGACCAGGUUCCAAGCUGUGUGGGACCCUAAACAGGAAGACUGUGUCAUAGUUGGCAGCAUGGCCCAUCCACGACGGGUAGAAAUCUUCCAUGAGACAGGAAAGCAGGUGCAUUCUUUUCUUGGUGGAGAAUGCCUUGUCUCUGUGUGUUCCAUCAAUGCUAUGCACCCAACUCGGUAUAUUUUGGCUGGAGGUAAUUCCAGUGGGAGGAUACAUGUUUUUAUGAAUUAAGGAAGUUGCUGAGUUAAAAGUUUAGCAAUGCCAAUUUGUUCAAAUUAAUCAGUGUCUAAGGAGCCUAGUAAUUCAUGUGGCUUAGUCUGUUUACUUAGUAAUAUGUUCUAUUUAGCAAAUAUAAGAUUGCUUUAUUAAUAAGAACUAUGAGCAGAAUGUACUUUUAGUAAGGGAGAAGCCUUAGAGGUGUUUCCACAGGAUGGGGACAGAAUUUAAGGGGAUGCUGUGAUGCCUUCAGCACUUUUAAUCUGGCACUAUGUAGAAAAAUUCUAAUAUUAUAAAUUAUAAAGCUUUGAAUGAUCAGUAUUAAAAGUUUUUGUGGUCUCAUGAUGUGGUUGUGAUUCUAUAGUAAUAUAUAGAUUUGUUGGUUUAUUUUAUAGUUCAGAAUGAACAUUUAUUUCUAGACAGUCACUGGAAGGGGUCCUGAAAGGUCAUCUAACUCAGUGAUUUUGAAACUUAAUUUUUUAAAAUCAAGAACUCUUUUUGCCCUUGCCUCUAAGUUAAAUCUUACGUGAAAUCCCAAGAUAAUUGCUGAGAAGCUUUGGUUCACUUGGGCAGGGCCUGGGUCUGUGUGUACUGACCCUUUCCACCCCCCUCCUCUCUAUAGCUCCUGAGACACAGCCCAGGAAUCCCAGGCCUCCUAGGCACAGGGUUUGGAUCUGUCAGAUCCCUGUAAUCCAGUGUGACAUUACCUCAGACCAGUGUUGUCCAGACUAUGGGUUGUAGCUAUGCACACAAAAUCAAUUUAGUGGCCCUGGCCAGUGUUUAAAAAAAUGAAAAGGAAAGAAAUAGUAAAGAAUGGAAAACAUUAAGUAUGGUUUUGUGAAACUUAGUUACAUAUGCAUCUUUGUAGGUAUAUUUGAAUAUGUAUAUUCUGAUGUAAAAUGUGUUUAUUUCUGUGGUACUGUGGGUCAUGGUUAAAGAAGUGAAAGUUCCUGGGGCUGGCCCCGUGGCCGAGUGGUUAAGUUCACGCACUCCGCUGCAGGCGGCCCAGUGUUUCGUUGGUUCGAAUCCUGGGCGCGGACAUGGCACUGCUCAUCAAACCACGCUGAGGCA